UCCUCGCAGUAGAUUCUCCGGCCGCAGUGAUUAUAUAUAUCGAGCCGCCACACGGCCAGGCUAUAUAUAGGAAAUGGCAGUAGGCCCUUCCUUCAAUCGGCGUAAGGAAAUGGCAGUAGGCACUUCGUUCAAUCGGCAUAAUCCGCUCGUCCCUGUCACGCCACCUGCACGGAGCCCGGAAAGCUCCGACGAGUUCGAGAGCCUCACCGACGACGACGGCGACGAUCGCAUGGCGGAUGCUUCGGCUUUUGUACCGGAUACCACGCCGGAGGGUUUAGAAGCCGACGGCACGACGAUGAUGAGAGCGAUUUCAGUGGAAGACUACAAGAGCAAAAGCGUGAUCAAGGUUGCGGAAUCCAGUGGUUACGGUGUGAACAGGGCCGUGAUCGACUUUUCUCGGGGCGAAGGAACCCUAGGCGUCCCGAGAGUCGUAAUUGACCUCACCGGAGACAAUUCGGACGACGAAACUCAGAUUCGGGAGGUAAUGCCGGCGCCGGCGACGGCGAGGAUAAAAUCCGAGUGUUCGAACUCGAAAGCUGUUUGUAUAGACGUGGAAGACGCCAUGGAGAGCUCUGUUUACUCCUUCAUCUGCGAAAUCUGCUGCGAUGCGAAGCCAAUGAGCGAUAUUUUCAGAAUCAAAGCGUGCAAACACUCCUACUGCUCCGAUUGCGUUUCGAAAUUCGUAGCUUCGAAGCUCCAACAGAACUUCUCCCAAAUCAAUUGCCCCGUUUCUGGCUGCACGGGCGUGCUGGAGCCUCAUAACUGCCGAUCAAUUUUGCCGCCGCAAGUGUUUGAUCGGUGGGGGGACGCGUUGUGCGAGGCAUUGCUGUUGGCUUCUGAGAAAUUCUACUGUCCCUUCAAGGAUUGCUCUGCCCUUCUGAUCGAUGAAAAGAUGGAAGUUGUGGAAUCUGAGUGCCCCGAAUGCCACAGAUUGUUCUGUGCUAAGUGUAAGGUUCCAUGGCAUUCUGGCAUUGCUUGCUCCGAGUUUCAGAAGCUGCAUGAGAGCGAGAGGGAGAAGGAGGAUAUACUGCUGGUGAAUGUUGCAAAUGAAAAGCAAUGGAUGAGGUGCCCUAAUUGCAGGGUCUAUGUUGAGAGAGUUUCUGGGUGCCCUUUCAUGAUGUGCAGGUGUAAGUGCACAUUCUGUUACAAGUGCGGAGCUCGUGCAAAAGAUCACCAUUGUCAUAAUUGUGGCAUUUAAAACUUAGAAUCUCCAUUGUUGAACAUGUUUGGUUGAGUGGAUAUUUGUUGAACUUGAACUUGUGAUGUUGCAUAUGAUUUUCAUUUAUAAACUCUGUUGAAACUUAUGUUAUCGUUUGAGUAGUUCCAGAAAGAUAGACUGAGAAAGCGAUAGCGUUGUACAUACAUGACUAGGAUUUGUUGUUGUGUUAUGUUGUGCUGUUUGCAGAACAAUAAUGUUGUUGCAAUAAUGUUUAAUUAAGUUAGAGUU